CUUCCAUUCCAUUCUCCUCCUCUGUCCUCUUCUCCAUAGGAAACUGUGUGUGAAGCCACAAAAGAAUGUUCUUGGAUGCCCCCCUCCUGCCCUGCACCACCAUAGACAUUCCUAGGACCACAUCCCCACCACAAAAACAAACCCAGGGAAGGAAGCAACGAACCAUCCCCAGUUCUUGCGCUUUUACUCUCUCCUCAGCUCUUCCACCGUUGCAGGGAGCAGCGAGCGAGUCCUGUGGUUGACUACUUGACUGUUUGGGGUUCCUUUCUCUUCUUCCUCUUGGAGCUGGAGUUGGGCAGUUCUGUUCUGGGGGCUCGAGGUCCCAAAGUUUCGAUCUUGGGGUUAUUGAGGUGUCGGUGUUGAUGGUUUAGCGAGGAAUUUUUUUGGUGGGGGUUUAGGUUGGAAGUGGAGUAGAUCAGAGUUUUUUUUUGUUUUUUUUGCUUCCAAAGGUCUCUUCUUUUGGUCUGUGCGUGCGGGAAUUUUGAGGAGUUUUGGGCAGGAUUUGCGGUCGGAAUAAUCUCUUGCCUGUAGAUGUGCAACUUCGUCUGGCUGUUCCGUGUAAUCUGGAUGAUCUUCAGCGUCGCGCUCUGAUGCUCCGUUCGUGUUCUUCAGUUCCGCUGCGAUUUUAGGGCGGAUUGAUUUGUUUCUCUGACUCUGAGGGAAAGUUGCCGUCUUGUUGGUUUCUUCAUCUUAUUAGGGUUUGGUGUAGGAGUGCUCAGAAAGCUCGAAUCUUUCAGCCUUUGAUCUGAAGAAAUCUGGCGGCUGGUUGGAGGCUCAUUGAUGUAGUGUGGUAUCCGUCGUCCUGACCAUUUGGAAGGAGCUCCGACAUGGCCUGCCUGAAGCUAGGAUCAAGAGCUGAUGUCUUCAGGAAGCAAGGACAAGACUGGUAUUGCACAACUGGUCUUCCUAGUGAUAUAACCGUCACAGUUGGGGAGCAAUCGUUUCAUCUUCACAAGUUUCCUCUAUUAUCAAAGAGUGGCCUUUUGGAGCGGUGUAUCCGAGAGAAGAUUGAGAAUGGAGAAGAUAGCUGUGUUGUUGACCUAUCAGAUAUUCCUGGGGGAGCAAAGGCUUUUGAACUAGCUGCUAAGUUCUGCUAUGGUGUUAAGUUUGAAAUGACUGCCUCCAAUGUUGUGCAUCUUCGCUGCGCUGCUGAUUAUCUUGAGAUGACUGAAGAGAUUGCUGAGGGGAAUUUGAUUGCGCAGACAGAGAACUUCCUUGCCCAAACAGUCCUCAGAAGCUGGAAAGAUUCAAUCAAGGCCCUCCAUACCUGUGAUGACAUCCUUGAUCUUGCUGAAAAAUUGCAAAUCGUAAAGAGGUGCAUUGACUCAAUUGCAACUAAAUCAUGUACAAAUCCUGAUUUAUUUGGCUGGCCAGUCAUCCAGUAUGGUGGUCCCAUGCAGAGUCCAGGAGGGAGUGUCUUGUGGAAUGGUAUUAGUACUGGAGCAAGGCCAAGAAGUAGCAGCCCAGAUUGGUGGUAUGAUGAUGUUUCAUGCUUGAGCCUUCCAUUAUACAAAAAGCUAAUCUCCGCUAUGGAAUACCGAGGAAUCAAUCAGGACAUUAUUGUUGGAUCCUUGAAUCACUAUGCCAAAAGGCGUUUACCUGGACUGAAUCGGCGUAAAAGCAUCAGUGAUGUCAGCAGUUGCCUUUCAAUGUCAUCUUUAACAUCAAUCCCUUCUGAAGAGGAACAGAAGUAUCUUCUUGAGGAGAUUGAUAGACUUUUGCCUUUCCAAAGGGGUGUUACAUCUUGCAAGCUUUUGUUUGGUCUUCUGCGUACAGCAAUUAUCCUAAAAGCCAGUCCCUCUUGUGUGUCGAACUUGGAGAGGAGGAUAGGUAUGCAGCUUGAUAAGGCUACCCUGGAAGAUCUUCUGAUUCCAAACAUCUCCGAGUCUGUUGAAACGCUCUAUGAUGUGGAUUGUGUCCACAGGAUUCUUGACCAUUUCUUGGCAAUGGAUCAAGAAACAGGUGGGGCUUCCCCUGGCCUUGGUGAAGAUGCACAAAUUUUAGCUUCACCGUCUCUAAUGCCUGUAACAAUGGUUGCUAAGUUGAUUGAUGGCUACCUAGCUGAAGUUGCACCCGAUGUCAACCUAAAGCUGCCAAAGUUUCGGUCUUUGGCUGCUGCUGUACCAGAUUAUGCUCGGCCAAUAGAUGAUGGACUUUAUCGUGCCAUUGACAUCUAUCUGAAGGCACAUCCUUACCUGUCUGAAUCAGAGAAGGAAGAACUUUGCCGGGUGAUGGACUGCCAGAAGCUCUCCCUCGAGGCCUGCACCCACGCGGCGCAGAACGAGCGGCUCCCGCUGCGCGUCAUCGUGCAGGUCCUCUUCUUCGAGCAGCUCCAGCUGCGAAGCUCCAUCGCCGAGUGCCUCAUGGUCUCCGAGAACCUCGAAGGCGGCUCGCGGCAGCUCCUCCCCACCGUCUCCGGCGAGCAGUACCGCCCCGGCUGGCCGCUGGCGUCCAGGGAGAGCCAGGCCCUCCGGGAGGGCAUGGACAGCAUGAAGCAACGCGUGGCCGACCUGGAGAAGGAGUGCUCCACCAUGAGAGACGAGAUUGAGCGGCUGGGCCGCAGCCGGAGCACCGGCAAGAGCAGGUUCUCGCUCGGCAUGAAGCCACAGAUUUGCAGCACCAAGGAGGCUGUUCCGGCGACGGCGGCGGCGACGAGUGAUGACAAGAUUGCCGUGGUGAAAGGUGACGACACCACGCCACGGCUGAAGAACAGGCACAAGAAGAAGCUGUCCAUAGAAGCAUGAUCACUAGUCUCUCCCAUUUUUCUUGUCUCUGAAUUCUGAUAAUGAGUGUGUCAACUACAGUAGAUGUGUUGUUGCCGUCGUGUUGGUGUCGUGACUGCGAACUUUGUUUUACUUGUAGGGUUCUUUUACAAUCCAUCAUCCAGCAGGAGGGGUACAUGCUGAAGAACUAAUGCCUGUUGAUUUCGAUCUGAUGCUAAGUUUUUGACAUUUA